AUGCCUCGACCGUGGGAAUUUAACGAAAAUGGCCCUGAGCCGCCGGACGAGGAGCGACGAACCUUGCUUCGGGAAGGCGAGGAAAAAGCACGGCGUGUUUUUUCUGACUUUGUUGACUUCGCUUUCUCGGGCAAUAUUCUCGAAAUUGCAUUUGGUUUGAUCUUAGCAACGGCUUUCACGGCCGUCACCACCUCGCUCGUGAGCGAUAUACUUCUUCCUCCGCUCUCCAUCAUUCUCCCGUUACGAAGAAACAUGGGCGAGAAGUUUGCGGUGCUGAGGCCAGGACCCAACUAUAACGACCAAGAUGGCUACAAUACCUUAGAACAGGCGCAAAAUGACGGGGCCGUCAUUCUGGCUUAUGGGUAUGCAUAG